UUGGCUGUAAAGUGCAGAUAUUUGAUGAAAAGAGCCCAAAACGUGCUUGCUUCUGAAUAUUCAAAUCGAAAGUAACGCGCAAUCGAUUCAUUGUCAAAUCAUUGAGUUCUUGGCCUUUUAAAAAGUCGGCAGGCAGCAAGAAAAGCUCAAAGUUGCAUCUUCUCAGCUUUUCUACAAUAUUCUUGCAUGCUCUCCACUCCCACGCGAGCACACUGCGCGCUUUUUCACGCACUUUUGCAGACUUUUGCUGUUUGCGCACAAGAGGACGUUGAGGAGGUCUUCAUCAACUCUUCAUCAUCGUCAUCCUCGGCGCCCUCAUGGCUGACAAAGUGCGCGUGUACCAGGGCGUGCGCGUGAAGACGACGGUGAAACAGCUGCUGCAGAGACACAGAGCUAGACUGGCCACCCGGAAAAGAGUCAGAAAGAUGUCAGAAACAUGUUUGGAUCUUCACACUCUCUGUGCCUCCACUCUUCCCAAUGUUGCUAUGGAAGCCCCCCCCAUGAAGCUCCCCGCCCCUUGUGGCCCUGCAGCCCACCUGCGGAGUCCCGCCUCCUUCUGCUUGGACAAUCCAAGCAUCAGCCAGCAGCCUUUUGCAGACGUGGUGAUGUUCAACAACAACAACAACAACAACAACAACAAUAACUACUACUACAACAACUACUACUACAACUACUACAACAACAACGACACCUGCCUGCCUGCUUUCCCGCCAUGGAGCCUCGCCGCCGACCAUGACGACUUAGUCCAUGAGAUGGCUUCAUGUUCCUCACCAGAGUCACUGAAGCUCUGCAGCCCAGCAGAUUCUUUGUCGUCCUCUUCCCCUUCUUCCUGCUACGACUCUCCUCCAAGGAUGGACAACAACUACAGCGGCUUUAUGUCAGAGCAGCCUGACCUUCACCACACUUCCUGCCUUCCUUCUGACACUUCCUGCCUUCCUUGUGACACUUCCUGUCUUCCCCACAACACUUCCUGUCUUCCUCACAACACUUCCUGUCUUCCUCACAACACUUCCUGCCUUCCUCACGCCACUUCCUGCCUUCCUCACACCACUUCCUGCCUUCCUCACAACACUUCCUGCCUUCCUCACUACUCGUCUUACUACCCCAACACUGAGUCUUCCUACUGCGUGCAGCGAGAAGAGAAUUGUUACAAGAUCAACACUGACAUGUCUUACAAUGUCCUAUGAAUGAAUGCAUGAAGUUGUUGGUGUUCUAUGAACACAUGACUUUUUUACUGUCCUAACCGUAAUGAACCCAGACAUGAAUGAAUGACUUUUUAAUGUGCUAUACAUUAAGUAUUUUUUUCUGUCCUUUGAAUCAUUGACUGACUUUUAAUGUUCAAUGAAUGGUUGAAUAGAUGAACGAAUGACUUUUUUAGCUCAGAUGUAUUUUCGUACACGCAGCAUGUUGUCCAUUCUCAAUAAAAAAAUA